AUGAACAGUGUAGAAGCCUGCGGCGCUGACGACUGGUUUGCAAUUGUGAACAUACGCAUCCACCUGCCAAAGGAUACGCAAGCUGGUGGUGGUGUUGAAGGAUUGCGAACCGCCAGAUACCAUUGCGAGUCCCAACGUACGGCUCUGCGUUGGUCGCACCGACCCAGUACUGAGGAGAAUCCAGUUGAUCUGGUUCUUGAAAACAGCGGUGAGAUUGCCCUAUGGAUGCGGCCAUCAGGGUCAGUCAGAAAGGGUCAGAUGACUGCAAUUGGCAUUUUCAAUGUGCUGGCCUUCCCUGGAAGCUGUGGGAUUGUUGCGUCAUGCCAUGUAAGUCCUAACAGGACUUCUUGUUUCUUGUUCUACUUCAUAGCGAAUUUGCUUUUGACAAUAUUCGUUUCUCUCCUUAGUAUGAACAAUGUCAUCUUCGAAGACCCUUCCCACCAACGCCCACGUCCACAGAGAUCUGCACAGGCUCCGUUUGUUGAUAUAGUCCCGUCUCAGAAAUGUGCUACCAGCGAACAGCGAGCUUGUGACCAGAAUCCAGUACUCGUCGCUGCUGAUGUCAAUAUUGGCGAUCGUGGAAAUUUCUUAGGUAUGCUUACUAUCUACGUUGUUCUUGCCUCCGGGCUGCGACAUGACUGCUGCGUCAAGCGUCGAGAAGUGCGGGAGACCACAACUCCCGGUCACUUUGACAGUUCCGAUCGGACAUGGCAAGGCAAAUACCACGAUAAGGGUGGUACGACGUCCACGCUUCUACUAUACUUUACUAAGGUCGGGCCAACAGACGCUGCACCCGACUGCGACAGUAUGUUGGAUGGUGGAAGCUUCAAAGGCAACCACUUAGGGAUGUGCAGAGGGGACCCAACCAAGGAAUUAAAGGCAAGGUCCAAAGCAUGUCAUGGCGCACGCCGCGAUCAUUACGGUAAAGGCUCCGCUUAUGCUGGAGAACGAAACCCACGUGAUUCUCUCGCCAACAAGAGCGACUAUAAGACUGAUGCUGCAGGAGAGUUGGGCAAGUCUCGACAGUCUCCAUUAAAUUAUGCUGGCAGAGAUGCCCUGGAAAUUGUUGACACCUCUUCAGUAUCAUCUCGGAAAAGGAACGGUUCUGUGCUGGAUGAAUUAGAGCCAGAAGCAUCUGACGAAAGCAAAACUCAGACCUCUUACCGGUAG